UGUAGCAGCACCCACAGUUUAGGGUGCUCAACAGUUAAGUGCGCAACUGUAGCUACUGAUUCUGCUUCAGAUGGGACCAGAUAGACUGAACCCCCUCCCCACCCCCAGGAUACAGAACUGGAUGAACCUGCUACAGCCACCUGCAACGGAUCUCCCUAUUAUACUGUGACAGGGGCCCUGCAGACAGCAGCCUCGCCAGGCACCAUGAGGCAGCAAGCUUGGCCUGAGAGACCGGAGAAAUCACCCUUCAUCACUCUCAACCAGGCUGGACAGAUGAAGAAAUGCACACAGCAGCAGCAGAAGCAGCGCAUGCCACAGCAGAGACAGGCUAAUACCCACAUCUGAGAGUACAGUGGUGAGCAAAUGGGGAAGGCAGAAAGAGGCUGAGAGAGGGGAGUCAGUUACUCAGAUUGUGUCAUUCUAAAUGGCAAAGUGGACUGGGCCACACUCAGAGGCAGUGAUGUCCUUGUUAACACAUUGUCCCCCGUUAGAAGCUCCUUGUUAGAAGUCACAAGUCAGUCCAUCGCCCCUGUGAGGCCACAGAGCUGAGGGGCAGAGGAAAAGUAAAAAACAGAGGACGAGAGCGAGAGACAGAGCGGAAAAAAGAGACUGUGACAGGCCCCCAUGCAGGCGCGUAAGAAGUAUGUUCUGCUGGGCUUGUGUGCGUGCUGCUGGCUGGUCCUCUUUUACUGGGGCGGAGGAGUCCAGCUACGUCUGCUCCGGCUGCUGACACGCCAGCGGGGUGAGGUGGUGCGCCCCUGGCCCAACUGGACCGACCGGGCCUUCUUGCCCCGCUACGCCCACCUGGAUGAGCUCCAGACAGACCCUGGGACGUCUGAGUCGCCCCGCCAGCGCCGACAAGCAUGGUCUGCCAUUUAUAAGGACAGUCGCUGCCGUAUGGAGACCUGUUUUGAUUUCUCCCGGUGCCGGCGUAGAGGACGGGAUGGGUUCAGGGUGUAUAUAUAUCCAUCGGAGAAAAAUGAUCACGUGUCGGAAAGCUACAGGAAGAUCCUGCAGUCUAUAGCUGAGUCACGUUACUACACAUCAGACCCCCGUGAAGCGUGUCUGUUUGUUCUUGGGAUAGACACCCUUGACCGGGACCAGCUAUCAGGACAGUUUGUGCCCAAUGUGGAUGAACGUAUCCGUGGUUACCCGCUGUGGAACGACGGGCGGAACCACCUGAUCUUCAACCUGUACUCAGGCACCUGGCCCAACUACACGGAGGACCUGGGCUUAAACAUCGGCCAGGCCAUCUUAGCCAAAGCCAGCCUCAACACAGAACAUUUCAGGCCCGGCUUUGACGUCUCCAUCCCCCUGUUCUCGAAGGAUCACCCCCAGAAGGGUGGAGAACGGGGCUGGCUAGUGAGGAACACCAUCCCUCCGCGGAGGAAGUACCUGCUGAUGUUCAAAGGGAAGCGGUAUCUGACGGGCAUCGGCUCGGACACCAGAAACGCACUCCAUCACAUCCACAACGGGAAGGACAUUGUGUCGUUGACGACGUGCCGCCACGGGAAGGACUGGGAGAAGCACAAAGAUGCCCGCUGUGACCAUGACAACCUGGAGUAUGAGAGGUUUGACUACCAGGAGCUGCUCCACAACUCUACCUUUUGUUUGGUGCCUCGAGGUCGACGUCUGGGUUCCUUCCGCUUCCUGGAGUCCUUACAGGCGGCGUGUAUUCCCGUGUUGCUGAGUAACGGUUGGGAGCUGCCGUUCUCUGAUGUCAUACAGUGGAACCAGGCGGUCAUUGAGGGAGAUGAGCGAUUACUGUUGCAGGUGCCGUCCACAGUGAGAGCAGUGGGAAAUGAGCGAGUCCUGGCUCUCAGACAGAGGACCCAGAUGUUGUGGGAUGCCUACUUUUCCUCUGUGGAUAAGAUAGUCCUCACCACGCUGGAGAUCAUUAAGGACCGAGUGUUUUCUCACAUAUCGAGGAACAAGUACAUGUGGAACUCCCAGCCUGGAGGUCUGCUCGUCCUACCAGAGUUCUCCACUCACCUCGCACAUUUCCCUUUCUACUACCUGGGAUUAGGGGUCAUUCCAGGUCAGGAGUUCACUGCUGUCAUCCAAGCUGUCUCUCCAUUGGUCUCUCAGUCUCAGCCAAUCAUGAAGCUACUUCAAGUGGUCUCCAAGUCAAAGUACUGCUCACAGAUCAUUAUUCUGUGGAACAGCGAGAAGCCGCCACCAAAUCGGAGCAAAUGGCCACCCAUGCCUGUCCCCCUCACUGUGACAGACGGCAGGAGGAAGACCACCAGUCGCUUCCUACCUCACGUUGCCAUAGAGACAGAAGCUGUACUGAGUCUGGACGAGGAUACAGUCCUGCUGACCAGUGAGGUGAACUUUGCCUUUUUGGUAUGGAGGAGCUUCCCAGAGCGGAUCGUAGGCUACCCUCCCAGGAGCCACUUCUGGGAUCCCCUGAAGCGCGCCUGGGGCUACACCUCGAAAUGGACCAACGACUACUCCAUCGUCCUGACUGGAGCUGCCUUCUACCACAGGUACUAUCAUUACCUGUUCACCCACUACCUGCCCCAGUCUUUGCGAACUCUGGUGGAUCGCACGUCCAACUGUGAGGACAUCCUGAUGAACUUCCUGGUCUCUGCUGUAACCCACCUGCCGCCAAUUAAAGUGGCUCAAAGGAAGCAGUACAAGGAGCUGCCCAGCCCUCAGGGUACAAAGAGCGUCCCCUGGGCCAACCCGGAGCACUUCAACCAGCGGCAGGAGUGUGUCAACGCCUUCGCCAACUGGUUUGGCUACAUGCCUCUGGUCCACUCUCAGUUUCGCCUGGACCCCGUGCUCUUCAAAGAUCAAGUGUCGGUGCUCCGCAAGAAGUACAAAGACCUGGAGAGGGCAUGAUUGUGUUGGACAGAGAGGCUGGGGAGCAUGGAAGUCUGAGCUAGUGGCCUUUUGAAACAGACACAUUGACCGAUCAGUGGUGGACAGUCUGACUGGUAUGUAGUCAGAGAGACUGACAGACUGAAAUACAAUCAUCAGACAGACCCUGGUGGACUGUUCUGGACUAUAUACAUUUAAAUAAGAAGAGAACGGGGCCUAUAAAGUUUGAGAGGCGCUUCAGAUGAUUCUCCUACCUCCACGAGUCUGGUGAGACAACGGAGGAGGAAAUUUAGGGGCCUUGAAAGAGUCCCUGUGAUCGGGCCUCCCACCAAGAAAGGACAAUCUCCAUCGGAAAGCAAAAAAAAGGAAUGCGCGUGAACACUUCUAAUGUCAGUGCUAUUGCUGUGACAAUGAGAAGGGAAUGGCUAUCUAAUGCCAGAAGCACCCAAGGGACUGGGUAUUGGUGCCAUACACUCCGGCUGUUAAUGUGUGUCUCAGCGCUACUGUGCAGGGACUGUUGCCAAGGAAACAGAUCAUUUCACAUCAAAAAGCUAACUGUAAA